AUGCCACACACAGUCAGGGUCUCAGCAAAGUUCCACCAAGUGAGAAGAGUGAUGACCAUCCUUUUCCUUACUAUGGUUAUCUCAUACUUCAGUUGCAUGAAAGCUGCCCCGAUGAAAGAAGUGAGUGUAAGAGGACAAGGCAGCUUGGCUUACCCAGGUCUUCGGACCCACGGGACUCUUGAGAGCCUAAAUGGGCACAGUGCUGGUUCAAGAGGACUGACAUCGCUGGCAGACACUUUUGAACAUGUCAUAGAGGAGCUUCUGGAUGAGGACCAGGACAUCCAGCCCAGCGAGGAAAACAAGGAUGCAGACUUGUACACAUCCCGAGUCAUGCUAAGCAGUCAAGUGCCUUUGGAACCCCCACUGCUCUUUCUGCUCGAGGAAUACAAAAACUACUUGGAUGCUGCAAACAUGUCCAUGAGGGUCCGGCGCCACUCUGACCCAGCUCGCCGCGGGGAACUCAGCGUGUGUGACAGCACCAGCGAGUGGGUGACAGCGGCAGAGAAAAAGACUGCAGUGGACAUGUCUGGGGCAACUGUCACCGUCCUGGAGAAAGUCCCAGUACCCAAAGGCCAACUGAAGCAAUACUUCUACGAGACCAAAUGCAACCCCAAGGGGUACACGAAGGAGGGCUGCAGGGGCAUAGACAAGAGGCACUGGAACUCCCAGUGCCGAACUACCCAGUCUUACGUGAGAGCUCUCACCAUGGAUAAUAAAAAGAGAGUUGGCUGGCGCUUUAUAAGGAUAGACACUUCCUGUGUAUGUACAUUAACCAUUAAAAGGGGAAGAUAGUGGAUUCGUGUUGUAUAGAUUAUAUUGAGACAAAAUUAUCUAUUUGUAUAUAUACAUAACAGGGUAAAUUAUUCAGUAAAAGAAAAAAAAAAUAAUUUUAUGGACUGCAUGUAUAACUGAAGUUUAUACAGUACAGUGGUUCCACAAUCUAUUUAUUGAACAUAUCCAUGACCUGAAGGGGAACAAAAGUCAUUUGCGCACAAGUUUAAAAAAAACAAAACAAAAAAAAACCAACAAAA